AUGCCUUCGAACAUCCUCCUUUCGGUGGGGUUUCGAGCCGAGUUCCUUAUCGGCUUUACCGAAACGGAUCAUGACAACAACAAUGACAACCUUGCCUGUAUUACCAACCGACCGAACAAUGGGGGGCCUCCUGCAGUCCCUCCCCCGCCGCCGGACCCGGCCUCCCAGCCGAUCCGGCUGCCCGUCCGCAGUAGCCCCGAGAGCCACGAUCGCGUGCUCUUUUAUGCUGUUGUCCACGCUAUGGGCAACUCGAUCGCCGUCUCCCAGUUCAUCGAGGAGACCGAUCCAAUUUACCCUUUACUGGCAACUGACGCCAUGCGGUCCCCCCCACUUGGUUUGUGGCUUCGGCCGCUUCUCAUUUCGUGGGCCCACUGGUUCCUGUCAUGCUCCCCGACCCCCUCGACGUGGAGGUGGCCCUCAGGCUCCCUCCCCGCUCCUAGCGUUCUCCUGGCGUCCUGUCGCCAUUACAACGCCCGUGUUCAUGGUCUCGGAUGUUCUUCCAGACAUGUUCCUACUACCCGACCCACAGCAAGAUCAACAUGCGUUGCCAACCACGUCUUCGAAGCCCAGCGACGCUCCAAUGCGCUUGUCUCGGCUCCCCUGCGGGGCCUACGCUCGUCCGUCCUUACGCAGCUUAACGAUUCGUGCUCCUUCGUGGUGCACGUUGGCUUAAACUGUUCCGAUGACGAGAACAACCCGCGUCGACUCCUGGCCUUGAAGAAGCUGGUGACCAUCCUGUGGCUCGAUGGUGAGGCGUUCCUGGCCAAGCUAGCUGGCCCCAAGGCCGUGGCCGUGACACCCUUGCUGACCGAGUCGGCAAGUCUCCGUGUGCGGCCCUCUGGUUUUGCAGGCCACCUGUUAAACGUUUUGGACGACAACCAGGGUAGCAAUGCUGCGUACGACAAGUGGCUGUCCCCUUUACUGGGUCCAGCCCCUGUCCUCGCAGACGUCCACAAGCAGGUCUCUCAACGCAACCUAGCGGACUAUGUCCUGCGCCAGGAGACUCCGAACGUGGGCACUCGGCCCGGGCGACGCAGGGUCCAUUUUCAAGUCGACAAUCUUGACAACGGUCUCUCUUCUUCCCCGAACGCGCCCGCGCCCGCGACCGCUCACUCUUCUACUUCGUCUUCGUCUUGUUCCCCAUCGUCUCUCUCCCCAGACCCCCUUAGCACUGCUGACCCUGCCCGACGGGCAGCUCUCUAUCAACAGUUUGGAGUCAAUACCGACCUCACGGUCUCGCAUGAGCUUUUCCUGCUCUGGCGUGCCCGUGAUGUUGACACCAUUGCCAAGCUCAUGACCCCGUACUUUUGGAAGGGCCCGUCUCAGGUCCCGCUGCAGCACUGCGCAAUUGACUUUGCCAAUCUCCGCAACGAUGUGCGUGAAGAACGCCGUUCUACGCAUCAUGCGACCAUUGCAUUUCGCCUCUUCCCAGCAACGCUUGAUCCUGCCAUGGUUCUGGCCUGGACGCGCCUGUCUGCCGGCUUAGCGGCGCAGGCGGCCUUUACCUCUCCGGCCCAGUUCCUGAAGAUCUGCAACCGCCUCACCGGCGGACCGAAGAGUGACAGCAAUGGCUCGCAUAGCCCAGGCAGCAGCAACGACAGCAACGAGGGCAGUGUUAGCAGUAGUAGUGGCGGCCCCGGCAGCAGCAGCUAUGAUGGAAGCUCCGGCAAUGAUGGUGACAAGGAGAGUAGUAGCAACAGCAGCGACAGCGAUGGAGCGGACACCGUCCGAGGUGCCCAACGCUCCAAUGUCGCCCCCGAACUACUUAUUCCUUUUCGCCAGGCAUCCACCGCCGCUCCUCCUGUCGAUAACUGGGUCGCUCCGCCUGGACUGGCCCUUCCCAUCGCACGUCCUCCGGUCCGGUUCAUACCUGGCUAUGCCAUCGAGGCCCCGGCUGACAAUCGGGUUGACCACCCAGCACCCGCGCUUCCCAUCGUCCAGCCUCUAGCGCGCGUCCUGGCCCGGCCAAACCGACCUCGUGUGCGUCUGUCCGCCGGUUUCACAGACACGGAAGGUGAAGACGGCGGCAACCUUCAAAACCAUAACACGCAGCUCGCCGCCACCAUUUACGCGUUGGACAAUUACGACUCCCAGGCCAGUGACUGGACCAGCGGCUGGUCGAGCAACAGUAUGCCGUACACGGCGACAGAAGGAGAAGAGAACCUGAAUGGCAACGAGCCUGCGAUCCAUAACCCUGGAUCUCAGGGGCGCAACUAUUUCAGUGUGGUACUUGCGUCCGACAACCAUGCCUCGGAUACCGACGGUUGGACUAGCGAUAGCCCGCCAUACACCACGGAAGAAGAGGUGGACACCACUGCUCCCGCCGGAUCUCAGCCAAUGGAUCCCACAUCCGGCGAGUGGGAGCCGCCCUCCUCUUCCCAAGACGCACACCGCAGUGAGGUAUCUCCUCCCCAGAACCCUGGGCUUCAAGCUGCACUUUCGCCUGACUACCCCGGCACGAGUACCGAAGGCUGGACAAGCGACAGCCCGCCGUACACGACGACUGACGAGGAGGACGCUUCUGAUUCGAGCGGAGCUCUGCCAAUGGAUCUCACAUCCGACGAGUCGGAGUCGUCCUCUGCCUUCCAUGUAUUUUCGUCUGACCACCACGGCCCGAGUACCGACAACACGCCCUACAUGACGACCGAGGAGGAGGACGCCUCGGAUUCGAGCGGAGCCUUACCAAUGGAUUUCACAUCCGACGAAUCGGAAUCGCCCUCCUCUGUCCAAGACGGAAAUGGCAACGAGUCUUCCUAUUACAUUCCCGACAUGGUUGAGUCUGAAAAUCACGGCUCGAAUACUGACGGCUGGACUAGCGACAGCCCGCCCUACACUUCGGCAGGAGACACUUCGGGUGAAGAAGAGGAGCCUUUCACUCCGACACAGCUGAUGGACCUCUCGUCUUAUGACACCGAGCCGUCGUCCGUUCUUCCCAAUGAUCCAAGCCAUGUCAUUGAUGAAUCUGACCGCUACCAUACGGAUACUGAAGGCUGGACGAGCGACAGUCCCCCGUACACCUCGGAAGAGGAACAUUCCAGCCCUUCCGUUGUGCACGAUGCUAACCUUGACGCUGUCAUGUCGGGCGAGUCCGAUAACCAGUCUGUGAUCCCAGAUUCUGCUUCUAACCAUGCCGCUCCUAGUAACAACGACCAAAACGACACCCCACCACAGCCCGCUCAUGCUGCUGGCAUUCCGGCCGCGAGCUUCGUCCAGAACUCUCAGAGAGACGCCUCUCGCGAAGGCUCGCCCCUGGAUGACCAUGUACGCGACAACAGCAACGACCUGGACGCUGAUCCGUUUGAUGUCUGGGCGUUUGUGCGAUGGCUGAACAUUGGUCACGAGCCGCUUGAAACUCUACGCCAAUUUAUCGACGUGCACAACAAUGUGAACCCCGAAGACCAACCUCAGGCGGACGGCGGGCUCCCCACGUUUCCCCGGUAA